UAAUAAUAUUCAUAAUUUGAUCAUUAUCUAUGAUUAAUAUAAUAAUAAUGAAAUAAUGUAAAUGACAAAAUAUAAAUUUGUUAAUCGUGACAAUUGAUCGUAAAUGAUUGUAGAAACAAACGGGGGGGGGGGAAAGAAGAAGAAAAAAAGAAAAAGAAGGAAUAACUAACAACAAAAGUCUCGAUUUAAAUAAUUUCAUUAUUUAAAAAUUGGAUGUUGGGAGUCGAGGGAAGGGUGAAGGGAGAGAGGGAAAGAUUAUGUAUUUCAAUUCUGUACCAAGUUGGUUACGGCCCUGACAAAGUUAAAAGAAGCCAUUCUACCGUGAUAAAUUCACUAUUGCGCUGAGUGGGGCGCUAUAUACCCGGAGAAAGUACACUUAGUUUAUAUAUACCCGUGCACAGAGGCCAUCGUACGCAUUUUCAAUAUCGCUCUUGCUAAUUACGAUAGUCGUACACACACACGCACAUACACACAUACACACACACAUAUAUAUAUAAUAUAUACAUAAAUAAAUACGUACAUAAAAGCACACACACAUAUAUAUAUAUAUAGAUUGAUAGGUAGAUACAUAAAUAAUUAGACAGAAACGGUUGAAGAGAUCUAAAUUCAUUGGAUCAAAGAUCUUCAUAGAUAGAUAGAUCUCAACGAGGAAGGAUGACGAUAAUCAUAGGAUUUUUGACAAUUUUCGCAAUCUCAUCGAGGAUCAUACUCGCCGAAUUACCCCCAGGUGUAACAGCUUGUCCACGAACAAGCGAUCUUCCAACUUAUGACAAAUGUGUACUGAAACAAUUGGAAACCAUAACACCUUAUUUGGCAAAGGGUAUACCAUCGUUGAAAUUACCACCAUUGGAUCCGCUACUUUUACCAUCCCUAACAGUCGAUAGAAACUUAGAAGCACUUAAAAUAAAAGCGAACAUGAGUCAGAUACGUGUUUACGGUGCUACAAAUUUCUUAGUCGAGGAACUAAAUGCAAAUCCCAAUGAUCUAACAGUAUCUAUAAAAGUACAAUUACCUCAUGUUCAUGUUAAAGGUGAUUACGAUGUUCAUGGUAGACUUUUAUUGUUACCACUCAACGGUGCUGGCAGUUUCAAAGGAAAUUUCACUAAUACUGAGGCAAAAGUUAAUGCACAAGGGAAAGAAAUUACCGACAAGGAUGGCAUACAGAGGCUAGAGAUCGAUAAAUUAGAUACAAAAAUUCGUGUUGGCAGUGGAAAUAUUAAAUUGAAGGCACCGCCUUCUCAUACUGUAGCUGCUGACGCAGCAGCAACGUUCUUCAAUUCUAAUCCACGAUUAGUUCUUGACAUAGCAAGUCCUAUCAUCGAGGACACAGCUGCAACGAUUAGCAGAGCAUUAGCAGCUCGAGCACUCGGUGUUCUUACGAAAGCUGAACUGGUGCCCUAAUCUUUUAUUUCUUUAUAAUUCUUCUAAUAAGUACGAUUAGAAGAUAUAUAUAUAUAUAUAUAUACAUAUAUCUAUAUAUUUUAUUUUGAUUUUAUUUUCUUUCUCCUUUUUUCUUUUCUUUUUUUUUUUGUUUGUUUGUUUGUUUGUUUGUUUUAUUGUUUCAUCUUUUACGAGUAUUAUAUACCGUUUGUAUCGGCACGUAUCAUUGAAAAACGUGAAGUGUGCUGUCGUUAAUUAAUGAAUUAAAAUUAAUUAGAUGAAUUUGAGAAAAAAGGAUUCUAAUUUGUCUAGAUUUCGUUCAAUUCUCUGGGAAUAGUUCGUCGUACGUAAAGGUUUUCACAAUUUUAUUUGAAACAUUGGUAAAAAGAUCAGCUAACGAUGAUUCCAUCACUGGUUUAAUUUCUUCUAUUAAUAAUGCGCUAUUAGCAUUUAUUAUCUUGUUACUGGCUGGUCCUAAAUCAUAGAAAUAAGAAAGCGUCGAUCAUUCCUUCCUAAUCUUUUAUCCAUUAUAAUAUAAUAAUAAUAAUAAUUAUUAUUAUUAUUAUAUAUAUAUAUAUAAUCUUACCUAGAACUGGAUCGCCAGCAAAUAAAUUGUUUAGAUAAAGAUUAGCACCACCAAUUUGAAUGUUUAAUUUCAUUUUCUCGAAAUGUAAAUAAACUUUAUUGUCUCUAUAAAUUUUCUGUGCUUUCAAGACAAUGUCGGAAUCAUAUCCAGCUGUAAUACAGUAAGAAUAAGAUUACUGUAAGAAUAAUCAAUUGUUUAAAAA